AGUGACAACGGUGAGAACAGUAACAACAGUGACAACAGUCACAACGGUGAAAACAGUGACAAAAGUGACAAUGGUGACAACAGUGACAACAGUGACAACUGUGACAACGGUGACAACGGUGACAACAGUGACAACAGUGACAACUGUGACAAAAGUGGCAACCGUGACAACAGUGACAACGGUGACAACAGUGGCAACGGUUACAAGAGUGACAACGGUGACAACAGUGACAACAGUGACAACAGUGACAACAGUGACAACAAUGAAAACACCGACAACACUGACAACGGUGAUCACGAAGACAACGGCGAAAGCAGUGACAACAGUAACAACAGUGACAGCAGUGACAACAAUAAAAACAGUGACAAAAGUGACAAGUGUGACAACGGGGACAACAGUGACAACAGUGACAACUGUGACAAUGGUGGCAACCGUGACAACGGUGACAACGGUAAAAAAAGUGACAACAAAGACAACAGUGACAACGGUGACAAUAGUAACAACACUGACAAUGGUGGCAACAGUGUCAACAGUCACAACGGUGACAACAGUGACAACGGUGACAAUGGUUACAACAAUAAGAACGGUAACAACAGUGACAACAGUUACAAUGGUCACAACGGUGACAACGGUAACAACAGUGAAAACAGUGACAACGGUGACACCACUGACAACGGUGACAACAGUGACAACACCGACAACUCUGACAACGGUAACACCACUGACAACAGUGACAACGGUGACAUCAGUGACAACACUGACAACGGUUACAGCAGUGACAACAGUGACAACAGUGACAACAGUGACAACAGUGACAACAGUGACAACGGUGACCUCAGCGACAACGGUGACAACAGUUUCAACAGUGAAGACGGAAAAAAAACGGACAACAGUCACAACAGUGACCACACCGACAACACUAACAACGGUGACAACAGUGACAAUGGUGCCAACAGUGACAACAGUGAAAACGGUGACAACAGUGACAACGGUGACAACGGUGACAACGUUGACAACGGCGACAACGGUGACAACGGUAACAACAGUGACAACAGUUACGAACAUAGCAAUGGUGUCAAAAGGGACAACUUUGACAACGGUGACAACGGUAACAAUGGAAAAAACAGUGGCAACAGUGAAAACGUUGCCAACAGUCACAACAGUCCCAACACCGACAACACCGACAACACUAACAACGGUGACAAAGUUGACAAUAGUGAAAACGGUGACAACAGUGACAACAGUGUUAACAGUGACAACAGUGACAACGGUCAAACCAGUGACAACAGUGAAAACAGUGACAACAGUGACAACAGUGAAAGACGGUGACAAGGUGACAACGGUGGCAACGGUAAAAACAGUGACAACAGUAACAAUGGUGACAACAGUGAACGGUGACAAUGGUGACAACUGUGACAAAGGUAACAACAUUGACAACGGUGACAAGGGUGAAAAUGGUGACACCAGUGACAACAUUGAAAAGUGUGACAAAGGUGACAAUGGUGACAAGGGUAAAAACCGUGACAACAGUGACAACACUGACAACGGGGACAUCGGUGAAAACGGUAACAACAGUGACAAAAGUGACAACGGUGACAACGGUUACAACAAUAACAACGGUAGCAACAGUGACAACAGUGACAAAGGUGACAAUGGUGACAACACUGACAACAGUUACAACAGUUACAAUGGUGACAACGAUUACAACGGUAACAACAGUGAAAACAGUGACAACAGUGACAAAGGUGAAAACAGUGACAACAGUUAGAACUGUAACAACGGUGGCAAAGGUGACAACGGUGACAACACUGACAACAGUGACAAAAGUGACAACAGUGACAACAGUGACAAUGGUGGCAUUGGUGACAACAGUGACAAAAGUGAGAACAGUGACAACAUUGAUAACGGUAACAACAGUGACAACAGUGACAACGGUGACAACAGUGACAAUGGUGUCAAAAGUGAGAACGGUAAAAACAGUGACAACAUUGACAACGCUAACAACGGUGACAAUAGUGACAACAGUGAAACGGUGGCAAAAGUGUCAACAGUGACAACGGUGACAACAGUCACAAUGGUGACAACAGUAACAACGGUGACAACGGUGACAACGGUGACAACGGUGACAACGGUGACAACAGUGACAAAAGUGACAACAGUAACAACUGUGACAACGAUGACAACGGGGACAACAGUGACAACAGUGGAAAUUGUGACAACAGUGGCAACGGUGACAACGGUGACAACAGUGACAACACUGACAACACUGACAACGGUGACAACACUGAAAACGUUGACAAUGGUGAGAACGGUGACAACAGUGACAACAGUGACAACAGUGGCAACACUGACAACGGUGACAUCGGUGAAAACGAUAACAACAGUGACUAAAUUGACAACAGUGACAACAGUGACAACGGUGACAACAGUGACAACAAUGACAACACCGACAACACUGACAACGGUGAUAACGGUGACGACGGUGACAAUGGCGACAACAGUAACAACUGUGACAACGAUGACAACGGGGACAACAGUGACAACAGUGGAAAUUGUGACAACAGUGGCAACGGUGACAACGGUGACAACAGUGACAACACUGACAACACUGACAACGGUGACAACACUGAAAACGUUGACAAUGGUGAGAACGGUGACAACAGUGACAACAGUGACAACACCGACAACACUGACAAAGGUGGCAUUGGUGACCUCAGUGACAAAAAUGAGAACAGUGACAACAGUGAUCACUGUAACAACAGUGACAACAGUGACAACGGUGAGAACGGUAAAAACAGUGACAACAUUGACGACGCUAACAACGGUGACAAUAGUGACAACGGUAAAACGGUGGCAAAAGUUUCAACAGUGACAACGGUGACAACAGUGACAAUGGUGACAACAGUAACAACGGUUACAACGGUGACAACAUUGACAACAGUGACAACUGUGACAACAGUGGCAACCGUGACAAAAGUGAGAACGGUGACAACAGUGGCAACGGUUACAACAGUGACAACGGUGACAACGGUGACAACAGUGACAACGAUGACAACACCGACAACACUGACAACGGUGAUAACGGUGACGACGGUGACAAUGGCGACAACAGUAACAACUGUGACAACGAUGACAACGGGGACAACAGUGACAACAGUGGAAAUUGUGACAACAGUGGCAACGGUGACAACGGUGACAACAGUGACAACACUGACAACACUGACAACGGUGACAAAACUGAAAACGUUGACAAUGGUGAGAACGGUGACAACAGUGACAACAGUGACAACACCGACAACACUGACAAAGGUGGCAUUGGUGACCUCAGUGACAAAAAUGAGAACAGUGACAACAGUGAUCACUGUAACAACAGUGACAACAGUGACAACGGUGAGAACGGUAAAAACAGUGACAACAUUGACGACGCUAACAACGGUGACAAUAGUGACAACAGUAAAACGGUGGCAAAAGUUUCAACAGUGACAACGGUGACAACAGUGACAAUGGUGACAACAGUAACAACGGUUACAACGGUGACAACAUUGACAACAGUGACAACUGUGACAACAGUGGCAACCGUGACAAAAGUGAGAACGGUGACAACAGUGGCAACGGUUACAACAGUGACAACGGUGACAACGGUGACAACAGUGACAACGAUGACAACACCGAUAUCACUGACAACGGUGAUCACGAAGACAACGGUGAAAGCGGUGAGAACAGUAAAAACAGUGACAACACUGACAACAAUAAAAAGAGAGACAAAAGUGACAAUGGUGACAACAGUGACAAAAGUGACAAGUGUGACAACGGGGACAACAGUGACAACAAUGACAACUGUGACAAUGGUGGCAGCCGUGACAAUGGUGACAACGGUAAAAAAAGUGACAACAGUGACAACAGUAACAACGGUGACAGAGACAAAAGUGACAAUGGUGACAACAGUGACAAUGGUGACAACAGUAACAACGGUGACAACGGUCACGACAGUGACAACGGUGACAACGAUGACAACGGUGACAAUGGUGACAACAGUGAAAAAAGUGAAAACGGUGACAACGGUGACAACGGUGACAACAGUAACAACAGUGACAACGGUGACAACGGUGACAAUGGUGACAACAGUGACAAAAGUGACAACGGUGACAACGGUGACAACGGUGACAACAGUAACAACAGUGACAACAGUGACAACGGUUAAAACAGUGACAACGGUGACAACGAUGACAACGUUGACAAUGGUGACAACAGUGACAAAAGUGACAACGGUGACAACGGUGACAACAGUAACAACAGUGACAAGAGUGACAACGGUGAAAACAGUGACAAAAGUGACAAUGGUGACAACAGUGACAACAGUGACAAUAGUGACAACUGUGACAACAGUGGCAACCGUGACAACAGUGAGAACGGUGACAACAGUGGCAACGGUUACAACAGUGACAACGGUGACAACAGUGACAACAGUGACAACAAUGACAACACCGACAACACUGACAACGGUGAUCACGAAGAAAACGGUGAAAGCGGUGACAACAGUAACAACAGUGACAACAAUAAAAACAGAGACAAAAGUGACAAUGGUGACAACAGUGACAAAAGUGACAAGUGUGACAACGGGGACAACAGUGACAACAAUGACAACUGUGACAAUGGUGGCAGCCGUGACAAUGGUGACAACGGUAAAAAAAGUGACAACAGUGACAACAGUAACAACGGUGACAAUAAACAC